AUGACAUCGCUGGAACUCAAUUUAAAGAGAACGCUCACGGAUGUGUUGGAGGAUGAGCUGUACCAUAUUAACUGCCGGGCGGGCGAGUUCGGCAGCAACAGUUUUGGUAACACUUAUGCGGUGCCCGGUUGGGCAGGCGACAGUACGUCGGAGCUUGUGGGCGGGGUAGAUCACGAUACGGCGCUCCCGGGGGCUGGUAUGGCGUACAAUAGUAUAUUCAGCAGGUACGCUGACCCGAAUCUGACUACAACGACGGCGGCGGCGGCGUGUGUUGCUGCUGCGUCGUACGUUUCUGGGUCAGCACAGAGUCCAGGGGGCGGAGCGCCCAGUGGGACUGUGAAUUUGAACAGCGUGCUGCAUGUGCCGAACCCGUUUAUACAGGCUGCUGGGGCCGCUGCUACGGCUGCGGCGGCAGGAUCUCGAGGGCUCUUUGCUCCGGCACAGUUCGACGUCAAGAUCUUUAACGACUAUACGGCAGCGGGUAACGUUGGUGGGAGUGUUGGUGGUGACGAUGACUUCGCGAUGAUCCCAGAGGAGGAUUUCUUCGAGGAUAAGGCGUCGUACCCUUUGCAGGACAACACGCUUGCAUUGAACAACGAGGAUGCGAAGAUGAAGUUCGACGAGGAGUUCACCGACGACGAGGACGACGAGGACGAGGACGAGAAUUUGUUUGAGGAUGACGGCACCUGGGUCCAGGACUCCUUCCCCGCACAGCCUGUGCCACGACAGGUGCACUCGCCAGUGUAUUACAUGGACGGUGCCGGAACCGAAUCCGCUCUAUACUACAGUGACGACGACGACGACGAUACCGGACUCGAGGUGCUGGACGAUGUUGGCCCCCAGCGCGAGCUUCUGGGGGAGACGGACAAAGCACUCACGGCGGAGGACACGGAGAGGUCGCAGUCGAUUGUGCUGCGGGAGAAACCGAAGGUCGAGCGCCCGACGGCCCGCCGGCGUAGCCACCACCACCACCACAGCUCCGCGACUGGGGCCACUGCAUCGGGGGAGAUAUUCACGUGCCGCCUCGCGAGCGCGGCGCCCGGUGGCGGUGGCGGUGGCGGUGUCCCCUGUGGAGCCAGUUUUUCGCGGAUCUACGACCUCACGCGACACCAGAACACGAUCCACGCGAAGAAGCGGUCUGUGUUCCGGUGCACGCAGUGCAUUGCGCUGUUUGGCGACGAGGGGUACGCGAAGACUUUUUCCCGACUGGACGCCCUCACGCGACACAUCAAGUCUAAGCAUGAGGAGCUGACCCCGGAGGAGGUGCGCAGCGCGACACAGCACGCGAGACAGAACAUGGCCUACGUUGCAGGUUAG